AGAACGCCGCGCCGAAAAAACAUACGUACGCGGCGAAUUCUUUUUAAAAGAUCGCACUAAAAUUGUAUUUAAACCAACUCGUUUUGUAAUUACUGAGUAUUAAUAUGUAUCGAAAAUUUAAGAAGCGCGCCAAUCCCCAAAAGCCACUCAAUGCAAUUGACGAGAAUACAACAUAUAAAGUGCCUCGCAUUUCAUCAGUGGAUAAAACAGAUGAUGAAAUCGAGGCAUUUGUCGCCGAGAGUGAGGAGGAGAAAAUACCAGCUUCACAGGAGCAAACACAGCGAUUUCUCUCGCAGCACAGUAUUGCAUUGGCUGCUACACUUGGACGCACUCAGUCCUCUUCGAAGAUCAACUGUUCCCGCCAACCAAACAGUUUCUUUGAGAUGGUGCUCCUAAAUGCCGGAGUGCAACUAGAUAAUGGGGACACGUUUGUGCUAUCCUGUGAUCAUAUUGCCAUUGUUUCUAAGCUCCGGGAUAUUCUUGUGCGCUCCCCGAAGUAUCCCGAUAAUAUUGAAACCUUUAAGACGGGACUGAAUGUUGCCCUUGCGCCCAAAUCGAAAAUUGCACAGAAAUUGCUUAGUGGAUGUACCAUAGACACCGCUGGAGAAGAGCAGGCGUAUCAGUCUCAGAACAGCAUGUUUAUCAACUUUCUAAUGAUUGACUUUCUACGUGAGCCUUGCCUGGAGGUGCUGUUUAACAAAAUCGAGGAGAUUUCUAAGCUGGAUCGAGUGCAGACAAUUCCUGGUUGUCUGCCAUUGCUUCCUCUAAUGUUGGCCCAAUUGCGCUACUUAACGCUUUCGCAUAGCGAUCAGAUUUACAGCCACAUUGAACGGAUCUUUAACAAUGGCUCAGAGUCUUCCAAGUUGGAUAUUAUAAGUAAUGCUGAAUUUGUUUUAGAUGCCAGCAAACAUGAUGUUUUCGUGGAGUUGCUCAUCAUUAACUACUCCAGUAGCAAGGAUCUAUUUCAUUUAGGCACAGUGCAAAUGUUGAGCAACUUGUCGCUAAGUGCAAGAACUCAGGGAAAGCUACGAGAACGGAUAUUGGAGUUCAUCAAGGAAGAUAGCAGCUGCUCGAAUGUGAUUCUACCUCAUCUGAUUCGCCUCUUGCUUAAUAGCCUGAAUCAGGAUACAGACGAAAUUAUGCGAGAGCUGGUCUCCACACUGCGUGAAGUCUUUAAUUGGCGGCAUAGAGCACGUAACAAUGACUCUACGGAAAUGGUCCGGCCAACUGCCAAUGACAAACAAUCUCAAUUGGAAUUAUUUGGAUUCCUGCAACAGGGUCUAAGGCGCUCCAAGCGUUUCUAUCAGAUGUGGCAGCGUACAAUAGGUGGCCUGCCCGCCACUGAAUUCGGAUCUUUUGAUUUCAUUAUGAUGCUGCUGCUUGUACACAUCAAUGAGGAUAACACGCUAUACAUUGAGAAUCUUCUGAGACGUCGAAUUAAAUUGGAACACAUGACCGUGGAAAUAUUGGAUGAAGCUAAAACAAAUUUUUCGCAUAUUUUGGAGCAACAUAUUAGUGUUCUUAUGCACAUACUACAUGACUUUGUGCGCGAAAAGAAUCGCAUUGUGGCUGAAUUUGCCAAAUCUGCCUAUAGCAUACUCUUUAAAAUUUGCAACUCGAUACAAAAAAAUAUACUGAAGAAACUGCUGGAGCUGACUUUUGACAAGUCGGCACAACAUGUGACCACGAUGGCGUUGAUAUUGAUGCGGGAACUGCAGCGCAAGAAUCCAAAGCAUGUGCAGAAUUGUGCCAUGUUGUUGCUGCCGUUGCUCGAUCGCUUAAGCGACUUGACGCUGCCACAAACACGCCUCGCCAUGGAUCUACUAUGCCACAUUGCAUUCCCCGAGCCCAAACUGACGAAAUGUGCGCCAUUGCAGGAUCAAAUUGAAAUGGUGGUCAAGAAGCAGCAGAUCAACUGCAGUGAAUAUGUCAAGAAGCAGGGCAUCAUUGGCUGUGUGCAGCUCAUAGAUGCUGUGGCAAGGAUUGAGACAUUAAUAAUGGACAACGAAGACUUGCAAACCAGCGUGGAGAGCAUUACCUCAUUGCCCGAUGGACGCAGUAAGCAGGCAGCUAACCUGAUAAUGCUCACCCAGUCAGCGAUACGCAACUCACCUGAAUUGCUGGCAUUGUUCUAUGAUGAGUUGGCCAGCGUUCUGACUGUGCGCUAUUACAAUGCCGAGUCGGCUUACAUGCUGGAUAACAAGUUUCUAAUAUGGCUGUGCGAACUAAUGACCUAUCGCUUUCAACAGAGUUUUGUCAGCGAGCAUCAAGCGAGUGCGAUCAAAGGCAUUCAACUGGAAUACCAGAAGAACAUUAAUGAAUUAGAUGAAACAAAUGUAAAUACCGAAUCAGAAGUGCUCAGUAUUGGCAUUAACAUAUCUGAGCUGGUGCUGGCGCCAAAUAGCAACGCCUCUAACUCGAUUUAUGUGCUGGCGCCGCUUUUCAACUUGGUCAGUGUGCUGCACAAUCAACGCUAUCAGUACAGCCUGGAGGUGAUUAACGCACUACUUGGCUGUGCCAUCAUACUGCCAUCGUUCUUUGAUGAUGCCAAUUAUUUGGCCAUAUUUGACAAUUAUGAUGAGGAAAUGCAGAAGCAGAUUUUAAACAUUUACUUCCAUACUGUGAACUGGAUACGAGUUACAAUUUGCGCCUUUGCCUCACAGAAGCAUGGCGCGACUCGCAAGCGGGUUUUAAUGCGUCUAGCCGAUUUAAUUUGCAUUGAGCAAAGAUUGAAGCUACUUUUGUCACAUGCACCUGUUGGUUUUGUGCCACCACCUUGUCAGUUUCUAAAUAAUCCCAAGCAGGCGAUGGUACAGCAAGGAUCGCGAGACAAACGUCAGGCAGGCAAGGCAAAAUCUAUUAAUGAAUCUAUCAAAGAAACAGAGGAUCAACAGAUGGGCAACCAAUCGAAACUUGGAGAUUUAACCAUCAAGUUGGCUCCUUGCAAAUCCAUAAAAUAUAAAAUAGACUUUGAGCAUUUAUAUGGUCCCUUAGAGAGCUAUAGACAGCUUGAUGUGGGCAUAUUACUAUUGUUGAAGGAGGAACCCUUUACUCUAAGUCAUCCACUGGAGCCUGAAGAGGUUGGCACCCACUUGGGAUUGCUGGAAUUGCGCUUUAUACUUACAGAUCUAGUGCAUAAGUUGGGUACAGUUGUAAAUGGACAUCAGGACGUAAACGAAGCAGAUUCCUUGAGGUCACAUGUGGCCAAACCGGAGCAUUUUAUGUGCGAUUUGCAAGAGUGUCUGGGCGAAAUCAGUACACUGUUGAUAACCCUGGCUUCCCAUAUUGAUGAGCAGCUGGAAAAAGUUAAUAAUGUGCACAGCAAUUUGGAUCUAUUUAAGGAUAAAUUCAAUUACGUGAAAACCUGCUUUGGUCUCUGUAUACAUUUAUUUGCCUUGUACUUCUCAUGGAACGAGUGGAGUGACAAGUCGCAAGCACAGCUGCUACAAUCUUCAUUGCGUAAUGCAUUGCCAGCCGAACAGCGAAAGACAAUCAAGAAGCAAUCGGUAGCAAAUAUUGCCACCAAGGUCUUUGAUUACUUCCUCAAGUACGAGAAAUCGGUGCUAACUAUUGGCACAGCUGUGCAGCUCCAGCGUCUGUUGAGAAGUUUGCGCAAGUUGAGCUCUUCCUCCGGUGAGAAUGCUGGCAAACGCGCUGCCCAGCAAGCUGAGGAAAUACGUAAGACCUGCACUAUAAUGCUGAAACGUAAGUGGUAUCAUCACACGGGUAGCAUGGAGAAGGGCGCACAGUGUAACAUUCACCUAGACGAGCUGGUCAAGGGAUUUCUGAAGGAUUCUCCAUACGAGCGCCAAAAGAACAUUUUAAGUGACUUGAACGAGGAGUGCGGGCUCUUGAACAAAAAAGACAAGGCCUUAAAUUCAUUUCCCAAUAUUAAAAAAGCCAACUUUCCGCUGAUGCUUCGUGGUUUGUGUGAGAUUCUUAUUACCACGUUAAGCGGUCAGUGUAACACACACAAUGAUGGCGAUCGCUUCAAGCUUUGGGAGUCGACAAUAAGUUUACUAAAUGGACUGUUAGCCAUUGUUCAAAAGGUGGAACAACCUCGUAAUUUUGCACUGUUCUUAAAGCACUCGCAGUUGUUUUUAAAGCUGCUGCUACAACAUGGUCUUCCAGUACUUGAAACCAUUGUGCGCGAUAGUCCCGAACGCCUCGUCAAGUUUCUACAGGAACUGCAGAAUGUAACCAAGUUCCUGCAUAAUCUGUGCUGCCAUUCAAAGUCGAUUAAGAACACGGCCAUCAUUUGUUACAUUCCCAGUCUACGGGAAACACUUGAAACCCUGGUGUUUCGCGUGAAAGCCUUGCUAGCUGCCAAUAAGUGUCACGCUGCCUUCCACAUUAGCAUUUUGGACAACAAGGAUUUGCACGGUGAUGCAAUCAGAACGCCAGCCGGCUCCUUUGCGAACGAGACAAAUAGCGACGAGGAAAUACCCGCGGAUGAUACCAGUGUCGAUGAGACAGUUUUGGAGGAUAACAUGACCACCACUAGUGUGAGCAGCUCCACAAGACGCAGCACCAUCAAUCGCAGUAAAUCGUCUUCCCGCAGUAAAUGUUUUUAAGAACUUGACAAAUAUAUAAACUUGAUUAAACAAAAAAAUUUCAUCUGUUUUAUUCUUUAUUCGUUCAAUUCGUUCUUGCGAAAAAUGAGUCAAGUUUUGCAUAGUUUAUUUAUUAUCUGGAUGCAAUUUUAUUUAAUUUUUGUAUUACAAAUAAUAACAAAUGUAUGUAUAUCAAAUAUUUUAGUACAAUAUGCUUCUCACUUUUAUUCUCUUCAUUAACAAUAAUUGUUUUGUAAGACGUUAAAGUUUUGCUUCCUUUACUGCUGCUCCUCCUAUAAUUCAUUUUAAUUCGUUUGUUCUGAAUUUUCUCUUAACUUUCUCUCAUAAUUGGCGACGUUACUUUCACGGUUAAUAUAAGUCCCUCACAUACGUGUGUUCUGUUGUGAUGUUCGUUAUAAAAUUGUUAUUCAUAGAGUU